CCCGCCCGCCGGGGCCUGUGCGCUGCGGCGCGUGCGCGAGCGGUGCAGCACCGGCCGCGGGAGCAGGGAGUAUUAUGGGCUGUGGGUGCCGCUGAGCAAGAUGGAGCUGUCUGCAGUGGGCGAGCGGGUCUUCGCGGCCGAAUCCAUCAUCAAACGGCGGAUCCGAAAGGGACGCAUCGAGUACCUGGUGAAAUGGAAGGGGUGGGCCAUCAAGUACAGCACUUGGGAGCCCGAGGAGAACAUCCUGGACUCGCGGCUCAUUGCAGCCUUCGAGCAGAAGGAGAGGGAGCGUGAGCUGUAUGGGCCCAAGAAGAGGGGACCCAAACCCAAAACUUUCCUCCUGAAGGCACGGGCCCAGGCUGAGGCCCUCCGCAUCAGCGAUGUGCACUUCUCUGUCAAGCCAAGCGCCAGCGCCUCUUCGCCCAAGCUGCACUCCAGCGCGGCCGUGCACCGGCUCAAGAAGGACAUCCGCCGCUGCCACCGCAUGUCCCGCCGCCCCCUGCCCCGCCCCGACCCCCAGGGUGGCAGCCCUGGCCUGCGCCCCCCCAUCUCACCUUUCUCCGAGACGGUGCGCAUCAUCAAUCGCAAGGUAAAGCCUCGGGAGCCCAAGCGAAACCGCAUCAUCCUCAACCUGAAGGUGAUCGACAAGGGCACGGGCGGAGGCGGCACCGGGCAGGGGGCCGGAGCCCUCGCUCGCCCCAAAGUCCCCUCGAGGAACCGCGUCAUCGGCAAGAGCAAGAAGUUCAGCGAGAGCAUCCUGCGCACCCAGAUCCGCCACAUGAAGUUCGGCACCUUCGCGCUGUACAAUAAGCCCCCGCCCGGCCCUCUGCCUCCCCAGCCAGCGGGCAAGGCCGAUGCUGCGGCCUCCCCGGGCCCUGGGCUGCUCCUGGCCGCCCCCGCUGCCCCCUACGACGCCCGCAGCUCCAGCUCCUCCGGCUGUCCUUCACCAGCACCACAGUCCUCCUCCGACCCUGACGACGCGCCCCCCAAGCUGCUCCCUGAGACCCUGAGCCCAGCUGCUCCCGACUGGCGUGAGCCCGAAGUGCUUGACCUGUCCAUCCCUCCUGAGGCCGCGGCUGCCAGCAAGCGGGUGCCUCCCGAUGUCCCUGCUGCCGCGGGCCCGGCGCUGCCCACGGCCCCCGAGCCUGCCAGUGCCGCCUCCGAGCCUGAAGCUGGGGACUGGCGCCCUGAGAUGUCACCCUGCUCCAACGUGGUGGUCACCGACGUCACCAGCAACCUUCUGACAGUCACUAUCAAGGAAUUCUGCAACCCUGAGGAUUUCGAGAAGGUGGCUACUGGGGUAGCAGGUGCCGCUGGGGGUGGUGGCAGCAGUGGGGUGAGCAAGUGAGGGGGCUCCACCAAGGAGGGGGGCUUGGGGGGGGCCCUCCUGCCCAAAGUCCUACGUUUGCUCCCGCGCCCACCCCUGCCCUCAGACACCUCUGCCUGUGCUUUGCUUGUUUCAGAUGGCUCGGUGUUGCCCCCCCGGGGAUGGGGCUGGGCAGUUGGAGCCCCCCGAAGCCCAGUGGGAGCAGCAGUCCUGGAACGGGUUAGGGCUGGGGUGGGGCGAGGGCACUUGGAAGUCCUCCCUCUUGCCCCUCGGCACCCUCCCUGCCCAUGUAUGGUGGGGCCUGCUGGGUGGCUCCCCCGGAGCCCCCGAACCUGGGGUUCAGCUGCCUCCUCCGCAUCCCACUCUGUCUCUCCCCAGCUUGCUUCCAGCUCUCGCACACAGCAUCUGAUUUCUCGGUGCUAACCCGGCAGCUGUGGGGCCCCUUAGGAGACCCCCUCCCAGCGGGCACGCUGUCCCUUUCCUCCCCAAACCGGAUGCCUGGGCAGGAGGGCCAGGGAUGGCAAAGCCCAGUCAGAGGUGGAGGUGAGGCCGGCCUCGGCCCCUCCCUCCACGUCAGGGAGGGUGGCAGGAGCGGGGCCAGAGGGCCAGAGGCCUGGCUCUUCCCACGAACUUUAGCACCCGACCCAAGCAGGUCCCCUUAGGCUCCACCUCGCCCCGGCUCCCUCCUCAACCCCAUCUCAGAGGUGGGAGGGACCGGUAGGGCCCUUCAGUUCUCGACCAAAGGUGCUACAAGAACCUGCUGUGGAAACUUCCAGCUGGCGUGCGCACCUGCCGCCCCACGGCGUGUUUGUGCGCGUACCCGGAUGUGCACGGGGCCCGGGCUUUCCAGGCGGCUCUGUUGAGGGUUCCUCAGAAUGGGGUUUGUCCGAGGCCCGACCUUUCCUUGCCCGGACCUGGCGCGGGUCCGAGGAGUUUGCUGUGGAGCCCCCAGGCCGAUCCCCCCAGCCCAGCUGUGCUGGGGUGCACGCCCCCACGCCGCCCUGUCCCGGGCGGCCCGCUCAACCAGCCAGGCCUUUGCUGCGGACACGGCCUGGCGGGAACUGAGGUGGAGACGGGAGGCCCCGCUCCGGCCUUGCCCUUCCUUCCUCCCCCGCGUCUGGGGGAAGGAGGAAGCCUGGAAACCACUCCCGGUGGGGGGUGGGGGUGGGGGGGGCCUCCAGCCUCUCCCCGGCCCCCCACCUUCGCUUCUGACCGCUGAGGCUUCUCACCGCGCAGCCUGCUCGAAGCAGCCGGAGGCUCCGGAGCCCAGGGCAGCUUUCCCAGGGAGCUAGGGUGUCCAUGCCGGUGGCAGAGACCAGGGCCCCUGCUUCAGGCCAGGCCCUGGGAGGGCGGGCAGGCCAAAGGGGGUGACCAAAGAGGGGGCUUGUGUUCUCCAGGAGAGGGAGGGUAUGCGGGACUGGGGCGCUGUGGGGGCCGCCCGGCCGGCCAGCCCCGGGCUUCAGUCUGGCCUGGGUGGCGUGGCCCUGAGCGGGGCUCCAGGGAGCUUCCGGGCGUGUGCAGUGAGAAGUGUCUCAACUGGGAAGCGUGAUGGCGGAAGGUAGGGGGAGGCAGAAAGAGAAUCCCGUUAGGUAACAGAUGCCUUCGUCGGAAGUACGGGAGGACUCGCUCUUCCAGAUCUCCCUGCCAGGGUGGCCCCUGCCCCCUCCGCACCCCCGGAUGUAGAACAAGGGCCCUCACAGGGUUUGGGGGGCUGGCACUCCUAGACCCCUCCCCACUCUGCCCUUUGUGUUGGCUCUGUGGCCGUCCAAGUGCCAAUUGGCUUACCCCCCAAAUAAGGGCUGGUAUUUCUCCUCUGUCCUUAGAGGGGAUUUCCCCCCUGACCCCUCACCCCAGGUGAGUGACCGCCUGGGGGCCAGUUACAGGUGUUUUUCAGAGACCAUAGAAAUGUGUUUUCCUGAGAGUCCGUGUCAUUCGUGACUUUUUUUGUAAAGAAGUUGUGUUUUCAGAGGUGAUUUUAUGACAGGAAAGUGAAAGAAUUAGUUUUGCAAAAAAACAAAAAACAAAAAAAGAGGAAAAAAAAAAGAAAUAGAAAAAAAUAUUGUGGGAUUCCUACGGGGUCGGGGUGGGAGUGGGGGGGAGAGAAAGAGAUAUUUAAAGAAAAACUAGUACCGCAGUGAUUGCACAGGUGAGGUGGUGAUGUUAGGAACGGGGAUGGGCGGCCUCCCUCCUGUCCUGGGCCCAGCCCCCACACCUAGCCUCCUUCAAAGGGAAGGAUGACCGCUGGUCCCAAGGGAACUCGCCAGAGCUGCAGGGGCCAGGUGAAGGGAGCUGAGAUUUGGGGGGAUGGUGGGGGGGGGUGAGCGGGAGUCCCACUGUUGCAUCCUUGGUGACUUUGUCCAGGAAAGCUGGUGAGUAGAUACAGUUGGGUUUCUCGCUCUCUUCCACUCAUUUGCCAGCUUGUUGGGUCAUCUGGUCCCUCCCUCCCCACCACCCCAAAGACCGUGACACCCCUGAGCUUCCCUGUCCAGGUAGGGGAUACAGGCUUCAGAAAGACAGGAGCUGUAGAUUCUGGGAGAAUCUUAGGUAGUGACCCUAAGAGAUUGGGAGUGCCCAUGCGGAGAAGAGAAUGCCUACCCUUUCUCUUCCCACGGGUGGGUUGCUGCCCCGACCCUCAGCCGCGCGGCCCCAUCCCAUCUCAGCACACGCGGAGGCACACAUGCACACUGCUUCGAGGUGGGCACCUCCCCUGGGAGGCCCAGGUGGGCACAGGGUCAAGAGCAGGUGGAGCUCUCCUUACCUCUCUCCCAGGGUGGCUCUGAGCGGGGACCCAUAAUCCCCCCACACACUCUUGCACGAAUCAGCCUCCUCUGGGCCCUCCCUCUCCCCUUGCUGCUUUUCCGUUUGCCUAAUUACCAAGCAGAAGUUGCAUUCUGGUUUGCUUUAUUUUUGUAUGUGAAAUACCCCCAAAGCCCAAUCUCCCAUAUUCAAUAUCAGUUGGGGCAUCGGUCCUCCCCCCUUAAUGCCACCCCUUCCCCACCCACGUGUCAUAGGAAGCAGGUGAGGUCUGGUGUCACCAGUUUGAGAUGGGAAGUUGGGACACCUCCCUGUCUCAUUCCCCUCUCUGACCCUCAGUGUGCCCUUCUGUGAAAUGGGUGUAUUGGGCUCAAGACCUCUUCAUAAAGCACUGCUGGUGUCCAGACAGCUGCUGAGGAUUCAGUGCUGGUAGAGGUCGCUGGCACUGGGGCAAAAUGAAUGCCAUCCUUCCCCACUCUGGAAAGAAGUGAUGAUUGAGGUCCAACCUCAGUGGGAGGUGGGCAGAGUAGGAGGGAUCACCCCAUUGAAAAGACCAGGAAACUGGGGCUCUGGGAGGCAAAGCUGCUUCGCUGGGGUGAAGAGCCCAGCUGCUCUGGCAUUUUGGGAGAAGCCCCUUCAAAGGGGGCGGAGGGGGCGGACGCUGAAGCCACUGCAGAGCCAGCAGGCGCCCCCCCCCCCCCCGCCUUUGCCAGGCAGUCCUGGGUGAGGGGUCAGCCCAGAGGAGGAAACAUAGGUCGGGGGUGCUGGGCCAUGACCAGCCCUUUUAGCCUUCAUGGGGCCCAAGUGGACGCACCACCAUUCCUACCUUCUGGGGUUUUAUUGCUUGGUUGGGUUGGGUUGGGUUUUUUGGUCUUUUUGUUUUUUGUUUUUGUUUUUGUUUUGUUUUUGCACUUGGCCCACGCCGGACAGUGGAGCCCCACACGGUCAGUUCCGCUUUCGGGCUCCCAUGCACUAGCCCAAGGCAGCCUCUCGGGGGCUUGUAUGGUUUAAGGAAUCACUUUUAAAAAGAAAAGGAAAGUGUUUAAAGGUUUUCGUUUUUCUCAGUCUGCAUCUCCUCUCAGAUUCAGAAAGGAGUUUAGGGGCUAACACUCCAGGAGAGGGUCUCCUUAGCCUGACUCCAUCUUGCUGACAGUCACCAACAUGCCGAAAUAGGGGGACAGGCUGAGUGGGGACUGAGGACCCCACACCCCAGGCCUGUGGGGUCCCCCUGCCUCGCCUUGAAGGAGUCGAUAACCCACUCCGGCAGUGAGUGAGUGCCUACUGUAUGCAGAGCUUCAGCUAGGCAAACAGGGCUGAUGGUCUAACCGGACUCCUUGCAAGAGGCCAGGGUAGAAGGAACCAAGAGUUCUGGGGCCUGCCCCCGCUGUUGGGCGGAGUGCAGAUGGACACUUUUUGUUUGUUUUAAUUUAAAAACACAAAGGCCUAAAGAAAUGUAUCUUAUAAUUUUUUUAAUUUUUGAAAAGCUCAUUUAAUGAAUUGUGCACGAAUGAAUUCUAUAUAUAUAAAAUAUACGUAUAUAGCUCUAUAUUUGGGGAGGGGCGCUGUCUCUUAUUUCUCUUUUCUCAUUUUAAAAAUGAAGUGUUGUUGCCUUUGUCUGUGGUUCAACCAUCCAGCUCCCAGCUGGCUAAACUUUGCCUCCAGUGGGGUGACAGAGGGACUGAGUUGGGUUGGCAGGAGACCAGGAAUGGAGCUGCCACCCGAGCGUGGGGGUGAGUCCCCCAGGCUACCUGCCCCCUCCCAGAGGUUGCGGGUGUGGGUUUUGGUUCUGUUGUUCUGGAUUCGGUUGUUUCUGGGCCGGGGGAGGGGGGUUUGUGCCGAUUACUCUCGUCUUGUACGUUUAGUUCUGCUGCUCUUCAGUGUUGUAUCAAUGCCAGGAAGGGGGAGUGAAAAGCCUCUUUUGCCCCCCAAAUAAAUUGUCACAUUCCGAAGCUAA